GUCACUCCACUCCGUCUUCCUUUUGUAUAUGCUGUAUCUACUUGUAUCUUUCUUGUCGCUCUCUGCUUUGCAUGCACUUUUAUCAGCCAUGAUCUGAUCAACCGGUUUUCUCGGCUUGCCACAAAAUUUAAACCAUUCAUUAACGACUAUCGCGUACUCGUUCAUUAGCCCAUCCUACUACGACAUGACUACUCAGCGACGCCUAUCGCCUCUCUUUUUCGCCCUCUUCCUGGUGUUCUUCUUCUUCAUAGUCUUCCAUACGACUCACCUCACCACAUCGUUACGUCAUGUGCCGACGGUGUUGGGAUUGAGCGUUGAAGAAGAGAUAGAUUCCGAGAAUGUCGUUCCAGAUGUCCACGAGUCUAAGAACAUGCAUACGUUUGCGAAUCCGAACACAGCCUUCGUCCCCGGCACACCGAAAGACCCCAGCGCGGAAUACACAAAGACCCUAGUGAUAGGGCGCAAGAAAGAGGAGAGCACAUAUUGGAUUGAUGUGGAGUUGGAAGACAUUCUAGCACCCAAGGGGCCGCUACGGACUGCAGUCUAUGUAGUGGAUGAUAUGACUACAGAGGGACUGCAUCCUCCGAAAAACAAGGGACAUGAAGCGAUGGUAUAUUUGACAUAUAUCAUUGACAAUUAUUCAAAUCUUUCCGACAUCAGCAUCUUCAUGCACGCACAUCGCUAUGCCUGGCACAACAACGAUAUCAUGGAUCUCGACUCGGCGCAAAUGAUUCGUAAUCUCAACCCCAAUCAUGUUAUCCGCAAUGGCUACAUCAAUCUACGUUGUCACUGGGCUCCUGGUUGUCCAGCAGAUGUCAGUGGCAUCCAUCCCGGAGCUAUGGUCGCCAAUGCUCAAAGACAAGAAGAGAUGAUUAUCGCGGAAGCCUGGAGUGAGAUAUUCCCUCUAGAGCCCAUUCCGCCUACACUUUCGCAACCCUGCUGCGCGCAGUUUGCCCUCAGUAGAGAACGCAUACAGGCUAUUCCUCUGUCGAAAUACAUCUACUACCGAGACUGGCUGCUGAAGACGCCUCUAAACGACAAUCUAUCAGGUCGAGUGUUUGAACAGAUAUGGGUCGUCAUCUUUGGUGGUGUCGCAGUAGACUGUCCGGCUAUGCACACCUGUUACUGCGAUGGCUACGGAUAUUGCUUCGGAGGCGCCGAGAAGUACGACGAGUUCUUCGAUCUACGCUAUAUUCUUAGAGACCAUGAGAAUGAGAUGCACGAGAUUCGCAAGAACGAAGCUCUGAUCAUGGAAGCCAAGUCCCAAGGUCGGGUACCGGAGGACACUGAUGACCUGGUCAUCCCAGAACCAGGACGCGCAGAAUGGAUCCAAGAUCAGAUUGAAUUUCUGCGCAAAGAUCUUGGUCGACGAAGGGCCGAGGCUAAGCAGCGAGGACAAGAUCCUCGGAAUCGAGCUUUGGAGGCAGGAAGGGAUUGGAAAGAAGGAGAUGGAUUUUAGACAGUCACGACUGGGGCUUGGUGUAUUUACGAUUGGGAUAGAGGCAUAGCAUGGGAGAAACCAGCUCCCUGGCGUUAUUUGGGUACUGCAUGGUCUUGCUGUAUAUAUUCGAUAUCUGUAUAAUCAGGCAUAUUCGCGUGUCGAGAUUGACAAAGGCGCAAAUUCAACAAUGAACUCGACCUGGAUUUUGUCAGUCAUGCUGCACGCCGAAGUCUCGAUACAUGACCCAAAGGGGAAGUUGGUCGGUCA